CGACGGCCACGCCAGAGGUGGCGCGCACGCGCAUCGCCAGCCAGGAAUUUCGCCAACCGCAGAAGCUGGAGGAGCUGAUGGAGCAGGUUCGCGAUCAGCAGCAGCGGGCGUUCCGGCAGCGCGAGGACCUCUGCACCGAAUGUGGCACGCCGCUCAGCAGGAUCAACACCGCCUGCACCAAAGUCUGGGAGGAGAGGAACAAUGCCCUCAACGACGAGGUCGAACAGGUGCUCGAUGCGUUACUAAAGGAGCUCAAGGAGUUCAAGGACGAGCUGGACAUAUCCGCUGAGGACAUGCUGAAGGCUCUGUGCCGCGAUCUCGAGAUCCUCGACGCUCGGGAGGACGGGGGCCUUAUGGCGACAGCGUCUCGAUCUGCCAGUGUUGGUCUCACUUUUCCUCGUGGUCAUCGUGCUGCGAUGUGA